AUGAUCAGCUUCGCUCUUCGGCUCUUCCUGCUCGCGGGCCUUGCGAAUGCCUCAACGUCCGAUAAACGCGGUCUCGUUUACACGCCCAAUGCGGCGACUCCCCAAGACGACCAGGUCUGGGUACAGUCCGGCAGCGAUUUAACAUGGUACUACAAUUACCAGUCGGAGCCCUCGGCGGCUUACAACAAGUCUCUUUCGCAGCAACAGUUUGAGUUUGUGCCCAUGAUGUGGGGUGUGUCGAGCAAUCUCAGCGACACAGCUUUCUUGAACCAAGUCAAGGCGCUCAUCAGCCAGGGCACCAACAUCUCGCAUGUCCUGGGCUUCAACGAGCCAGAUGGCGCAACUAACACUGGCGGGAGCGGCAUCAAGCCUGCAGACGCCGCGAAAGCCUGGGUUGCCAAUUUCGAGCCUCUGGGCAAGAUGGGCGUCAAGCUUGGCCUGCCGGCGUGUACGGGAGGACCUGAUAGCUUGCCGUGGCUGAAGCAGUUCCUGUCGAACUGUUCUGCACUUGUGAGUACGGAUAAUCAGAAGAAAAACUGUACUUUUGAUUUCCUGCCUGUGCAUUGGUACGAUAACUUUGCGGGCUUGGCGUCACUUAUUGGAGAGAGAAGAGCGACAUGGCCCGAUACCGAUAUCUGGGUGACCGAAUACGCAUUUGCCAACCAAGACUUGCAAACGACACAGGAAUAUUUCAACCAGACGGUCGAUUACUUUGACAAGUUGGAUUACAUUGCCCGGUAUACCUACUUCGGCGCUUUUCGCUCCAAAGUCUCCAACGUCGGGCCCAACGUACCGUUUCUCAACAAUGCUGGAAAGCUGACGGACAUUGGAGCCUGGUAUCUUGGCUUCUCCGAGACGAAUGUUAAACCCACGAGCGCGGCAUCUCUAUCGGCUGGGGCAAUGUCCAGUUGGAUAAUUGGGGGAACCGGCACAUGA